CUACGCUUGGUAUCAUCAGCUGGUGAAUAUUGGGCUGGGCUCAAUCUAUUUUCUGUGAGCCAGCUUUGACAAAAAAGGAAGGAAGUGACGAAACCUGAGGGUUUGGUUUACAAACAUUGUUACUCCCACCUUUUGUUGCGGCUUCUUAAACUCAGACAGACACAAUGGUUUUAAAAGUGACAAGUGCGACCGGAGUGCAACAACUGUAGCCUCUUUUGGAUUGACAUUCUAAUCGCCGUAAACAUGGGGAAGAUUGAAUGGGCAAUGUGGGCAAACGAGCAAGCCCUGGCGGCUGGACUCAUUUACCUCACUGGAGGAAUCGUGGGGGUGGCUGGUCAGUUCAGAGGCUGGGAGUUCGCUGCCUUUGGAGUGGCUGCAGGAGCUUUUGUGUGUCUUUUGGAAUACCCCCGGAGUAAAAGACGCAAAGGUACCAGUGUGGCAAGAACGGGACAAUAUUGUUUCACAGUGGUUGUGAAAGCCUUUGGGCCAUUGACAAGGAACUAUUAUGUCAGGGCAUUUCUCCAUGCUGCGCUCUGUGUUCCUGGAGGCUUCAUGUUGGCCACAGUUCUGGGGUGUGUCUGCCUGGCAAUGUCAAGUCUGAUUUACUUAUCAGCAGCCAUCCACGGGGAACAAUGGGAGCCGAUUCUGCCCAGGCCUGAGGCCCGUGCACCUGUGGCAGACAGUAUCAAGACAGCCCCACAGAACCCUCCUCCCCGCCCACCCCCAGAGCUCCGCAGGAAACGCAUGGAGGACCUGGAGGGGGCCGCAUACGCCAACCCCAUAGCAGUCACUGACGAGUACUAGACAUGUAUUUAUGUCUAUGCCACUUGCUGUCUUUCGGUCAUCCAAGAGCUUAAUGUAUUCCUGUUGUUUGAUCGAUAUUUCUGACUAAAUGGGCAGGAACACUUGGAAGGCGAACUGUGACUCACAUCUGCAGCCAACCUUUAAACUUCUGCUGGAGAGACUUGACGAGGUGGAUGCACCUUUAAAAAAAACCUUUUGGUCAUACACACUGUAUCACUGUUUUCCCAACAGUUUUUUGCUUUCAUGGAAAGUAAGCAAACAAUAACUAUCUCUUUUUAAUGGGGGGCUUCGGCAAUUAUUUUAAUUAUGAGUGUUCCUCAUCCACUGCUAAAAGGUUAUUGUGGUGAGUACCUAAUGCUCAAUAUUCUUUGAGUAGAGAUUGGUGGAAGCUUGUGGGCACAUUCUACAUACACAAUACACAUCACUUGUUUACUUUCACCCAUAUUCCCUGCUUUACUUGAUGACAUCAAAGGCAUCCGCAGUACUUUGUAUUUGUAUGCAUACAGCAUUUGCUCCUAGGAGCUCACAAGAUAAUAUAUUUUACAUGGUCCAAUGUUACUGUUUUAGGUACUGCAUUGUAUUUACUUGUGUUUUGACAGUGAGGAACUGUGUAUUGUUUAUGUCUAUGUCAAGACUUUUUGAGAAAAUAAAUGCACCAAGAUCUCUGAAA